AGACUUACUAGAGUCCAGUCGAACGGCGUCGUAUUUAACACUAUCCACUUCAAAUUUCUAGAACAUUUGAGCAAAUAACACUCAUUAUCAAUUCUCCCACCCCAAGCUCAUCCUGGUAAUCUUUUAGCUGUUGGAGUUCAAGAAUGGCAACAAAGUACAUUGUUGGUUCAGUGUUGGCAUCAUUUGCAGUUGCAUAUGUUUGUGAUGUUGUUAUUGCAGACAAGAAGGUGUUUGGAGGUACUACUCCACAUACUGUUGCAAACAACGAAUGGUGGAAGGAGACUGACAAAAAAUUCCAGGCAUGGCCUCGCACUGCUGGUCCCCCAGUGGUCAUGAACCCUAUCAGCCGCCAAAACUACAUUGUCAAGUCUUGAUUAAGAUGUUUGGUCUCUGUUUCCUUUCGAGUAGUUGUGUGGUAGUUCGAUUGUAAUAAACGUUUGUUUCUGCUUGUGCAGCUACGGGUGUUAUGUCUUCUAUCAGUGAAUCGACUGUUAAUCUUGAAAGGAUACAUGAUCAAAUGGAUAAAAGUAGCUACUUGUGUCUUUUAACUUGUUAUGUUGAUUCUCAGCCCUCUUUGCAGCUUUAUUUCUGGCUAAAAUGAUAAAUUUAUGUAAGAUGGGAAUACCCGUGUGUUUUAGAUCUUAUGUUACAUUGUAUA